CACCGACACGCACCGUCCGGUCCGCCGCUGCGUUGCCUUUGCCCCCUCCUCGAGGCUAGCCCCGCCUCGCGGGAGGAGAUGGACUGCUGCCGGCACGUGAACCCGUUCCGCGCCUGCUCGGGGCUGCGCGGGCUGGGCUACCUCAUGGUGGCGCUCGUCGCCGCCAUCGUCGCCGUGUCCUACUACGCCGUCGUCGUCUACGCAUGGGGCCCCAUGCUCCUCGCCGGGGGAGCAGCCGCGGCAGGUGCUGCCGCCGUGAUCGCCGCCUUCCACAUACUCCUUGCAAUGAUUCUUUGGUGCUAUUUGAUGGCUGUUUUCACUGAUCCUGGUGCUGUACCUGAAAACUGGAGACAUGAUGCUGAAGAUAGCGGGAACCCUUCAUUUUCCUCUUCAGAUGAGCAAGAAAGUGCUCCUAGAUAUUGUUCUCGCUGUCAAAAUGGCAAACCUCCCCGAUGUCAUCAUUGUUCUGUUUGUAACAGAUGUGUGCUUAAAAUGGACCAUCACUGCAUUUGGGUAGUUAAUUGUGUUGGAGCAAGGAACUACAAGUAUUUUCUCCUUUUUCUGGUGUAUACAUUUAUUGAGACUGUGCUGGAUACCUUGGUACUACUUCCAAACUUCAUUGAAUUUUUUCAAGAUGAACAUAGGCGUUCAAGCUCUCCUGGGGAUAUUGCUAUUCUAUUUCUUGCUUUUGUUCUCAAUUUAGCAUUUGCGCUGAGCCUCCUCUGUUUCAUUGGCAUGCACGCGUCUCUUGUUACACGUAACACGACUUCUAUAGAGGUCUACGAACGGAAGAAGUCGGUUUCAUGGAAAUACGACCUAGGAUGGAAACGAAACUUGGAGCAGGUCUUUGGUACCAAAAAGUUGCUCUGGUUUGUUCCCUUAUACUCCACAGAGGAUCUGCACAACAUCCCCGCGCUUCGAGGCAUGGAGUUCCCUACUCGCUCCGACGCAAUCGUCUAAUUGCAUGUGAUGCCUAGCAGAGUGUUCUAUGCCAUAGGGUUUGUCUCACGUUUACACUAUAGGAUUUCUAUACGGAGAUCUGUUAAUUCUUUUCUGUACAGAAAUGCACACGCAGUUCUUUCGUGUACCAGCUGUAAGGACCAGACAUGUAUUUACACAAUUCUGUUAAUUCUUUGGUUGGUUUAUAUUUUAGACAAA